AGCCACAUGAAUCUCUCCGAUCGAGCCUAUAAAUGGACAUCGAAAUCGAACUUCAAUUUCAUUCCAUCCAACCAACGAAAGAGGGAAAUACCAAAAGAAACUAAAGAGGGAAAUGGGUUCGAAAGCAAUUGUUUUCCUGGGCCUUUUUAUGGCCGUUGUUGUUCUCUUCACCUCGGAGGUGACAGCCAGGGAUUUGGCCGAGACUACUACCACUUCUGCUACUCCUAUGCCUACUGAUCAACAGACUAAUGCAGUAGAUGAUUCCAAGUAUUAUCAUCAUCAUGGUGGUGGAUAUUACGGAGGCGGAUACGGAGGUGGAUAUGGUGGCGGCGGAUACGGAGGUGGAUAUGGAGGCCGUUAUGGAGGCGGCGGAUACGGAGGACGAUAUGGAGGUGGCGGAUACGGAGGUGGAUAUGGAGGUGGCGGUUACGGAGGUGGAUAUGGAGGUGGCGGUUAUGGAGGUGGCCGAGGUGGAUAUGGAGGUGGCGGUUAUGGAGGUGGCCAAGGUGGAUACGGAGUCGGCGGUUACGAAGAAGAACGGAAUUAAAAUUAUAGGCGGCUGAGUUAAAAUAUGUAUGAAUAAAGGAGGAAAUCUAAUCCGGCCCUUCAGAUUAAUUAUAGUCAUGUACUACGUAGUUCCUCUGUUAGGGCGUGGUUUGUAUUUUUCUGUGUUUGAUUUUCAAGUUGUGUUAAAUUAUGUAGUAUUGUUUGAAUGUUUUUUAAUCGGCAAAAGAAAGGAAUUUAUUACUA